UUAUAAUGGACUCCCCUCCCCUCCCCCACCCGCCCCCAUAGUUAUGAAUGGAGCCGAGUUCGGCGCUCCCCAUUGGUCAAUGAGGAGCGAGGGGGCGUGGUUAUAAGAUACGACGAUCCUGAUUGGUCACUAGGGUGUAAGGGGGCGGGGCUAUGGGAUCCCAUUCAUUAGUAUGGUGGAGGGGGCGGGGCUAAAUCGGGAUUUCUGGCUCCCUAUUGGUCACUUUGUUGUGGGCGGGGCCAAAUCGGGAUUUCUGGCUCCCCAUUGGUCACUUUGUUGUGGGCGGGGCCAAGUCGGGAUUUCUGGCUCUCCAUUGGUCAAUUUGAUGGGGGCGGGGCGAGGUCGGGAUUUCUGGCUCCCCAUUGGUCAAUUUGAUGGGGGCGGGACGAAGUCGGGAUUCCUGGCUCCCUAUUGGUCACUUUGAUGGGGGCGGGGCUAAAUCGAGCUUUCUGUCUCCCCAUUGGUCAAUUAAUGAUGGGGGCGGGGCUUCCUUGCCAUUUAUGACCCCGCCCCCUUCCCCCCCCCAUAUAUAAGCGCUGACAGCGCCGGGGCCGCGUGGUACCGACGGGACGGAACCGGGUUGUCACGGCAACCCCCCCAUGGCAGCCCCCCAAGCGGCCGCUCAGCUGCUGCCCCCCCUGCUCCUGGCACUCACAGCCCCGUCCGUGUCGUUCUGGGUCCGCUCGUCCCCCCGCGUCGCCGUGGUUCCGCUGGGCGGUUCCGUGUCCAUCAACUGCUCCCGGGGCUGGUGCCCGGUACCGGCUCCGCCCCCCGAACUUCAUUGGACCCAACGGAGCCGAACCGGAAUCAGCGGCCGGACCUGGAGGAGCUUCGUACUGAGCAACGUCAGCCAAUGGCAGCCCGAGCCGGCCACGUGCUGGGCCACGUGCGGGGACAGCGCAGCCAAUGGGAGCACGGCCAUUGUGGUCUAUAAGCCCCCGUCCUGGGUCACGUUGGCCUCCAUCCCCCCACUUCCGGUUCCGGUGGGCGCGGAGCUGACCCUCCUGUGUCACGUGGCCGAGUGCGGCCCAUUGUCCAACCUGACCGUGACGUUACGGCGCGGGACGGAAACGCUCAGCAGCCAUCGCUUCCCGACCGGAAGCGGAAGUGGAACGACCGGAAGUGGUGCUGCCGCCAUUACGGUGCGGCACGCGUUGAAUGCUGGGUUGGAGGACCACGGGCAGGUGGCGCUGUGUCACGCCGAGCUCUCGUUGAGGCCGCACGGGCCGCUCUUCGCGAGAGCUGCUCCGCCAAUCAGGAUCGAGGUGUACGCCCUCCCAUCCCCCCCCCAGCUCUUCCCCCCCCCCCACAUGGAGCGGGGCAGCCAAUCAUCCUUCAGCUGCGUCGUCCGAGGAGCUUUCCCAUUGGCCGAAACCCGCGUGUGGUUGGAGCUGGACGGGACGCCAUUGGAGGAAACCGAGCUGUCAAUCACGGAGGAGGAAGUGAAGGCCCAAGGUCGGAUCCGAACCGGAACCGUGGGGAGCAGCCAAUUGAAAUGCACCGCGGCCGUGGGGGCGGGACAACGGAGCACAACGGCCAUGAUCCGCGUUUACAGUAUGGAAACUAUGGGGGGGAUGUAGGGGGGGCUUAUGGGGAGCACAUUGAGACCAGACCCAUAGAUCCCAUUGAGUCCAUAGAGCCCAUUGAGCCCAGCCCCAUAGAUCCCAUAGAUCCCAUUGAGACCAGCCCCAUUGAGCCCAUUGAGACCAUAGAUCCCAUUGAGACCAGCCCCAUAGAUCCCAUAGAUUCCAUUGAGCCCAUUGAGUCCAAAGAUCCCAUUGAGCUCAUUGAGACCAGCCCCAUAGAUCCCAUAGAUCCCAUUGAGUCCAUAGAUCCCAUUGAGUCCAGCCCCAUAGAUCCCAUAGAUCCCAUAGAGCCCAUUGAGUC